UGUCUAUAGUGGAGUUGGGUGAUUUAAUACCCCGAAACAACUGAUAAAUGUUUGGUGUUUAUCGUUUUUUUGUAGUGGGACUUUAACACUUUCACGGACAGUUUAAUCGAGUUCGUUCACUGGUGGGAAUAUUUUCAAGCGGCAAGGUAAUUAGCUGUAUCUUUUCAAUUUCCAAUUCCCAUGCAAGCGAUAUAGUCUUUAGUAAUUGCCUUAAGGAUCGACCAGCCGGGAUCAUCGGUGUAUAUACUUAGUAACGCCGGACAAUUUUCUCGGACUUUUCUCUUACAAAGCAAUGCCAGUAGUAUAGUUCAUUGCCAACUACUUGUUUUUCCACCGAAGUCACAAAGUUUUUAUGUCGUGUUGAGCUCAACACUAACGUCCUACGAAGAAGGCAGUUGACAUUCCCGCCCACUCAAUAUAUUAUGUUGACUUCAACCAAUCUGUUUAUAUGAAAAUAGUUUCAUGGACUUAUUAUUAGAAAUUUCCUGUAGUUAAUAACUAAAAGUAACCACCUUAUAUUUCUAUAACAUAGGACAGCAAAGGCACUUUUCUACAUAUUUAUUCCUUGCCUAGAACUAAAACCUCCUGGAUAACUCUGAGAAAAUUGGUCUCUUUGUUUAAUCAACAUCGGAGGCUCGACGAUGCGCCAUAAUCUACACUGGCCAUGAACGCUUACAAGACAGUAUAUUUUCAUUCACUUUAUUCAUGCAACUGGUCCAUCUCUUACUCUACCGAGUAAUUAACAUUGGUAACCAUACAUAGAAGAACGAAGGACAAAGAUUAUCAUCAUGAUGAUUGAACUUCAGUUGUUGAUUAUUGCACUGUUAUCACGUUUCAGCACCUUUACUAAGCGCGCUUCUGUGUUGGACUUAGUUGACUUUAAAAAUACGUCGCUUUAGUUAAAUGAUAGAUAUUUGUUAUCUUUCUCUAAAGAACUCAGUGUGAGGUACCCGUUUGUAUUUGACAUUUUAUUCAGCUCCGUUAAGGUUGUGUUAAAAAACAAGGUUUGAAUCAAAGUUCAGGAGUUUUCGGCUCAAGUUAGUUUUCCCGCCCCUGCGUACCUCACCACCAAAUACAAAAAUCUUAUCUGCACACCUCUUUAUGCAUGAAACAGCUUUCUUUUCGCAUUCACUUUUCUCCCUCUGUUUAAUUCCAUAUACGAUGACUAAAUUCUCAUACAAAGUCUUACAACUUUCGCUGCUCUAAUAGGUAUUGGUAACACUAUAUUUCGGGUUUGGGGGUACUUGUGGUCAAAAAAGCCAAUUUAUUACUAUCCACCCAUAUUUUGCUCUAAACCUUGUAAAUCAAUCUAAAUGUACCAUGAUUACUAAACGUUCAUCGUCUCCUUUUCCUUCAGCCUUUUCAAUAUGCGUUCAAAUAAUGCUAUAAUCUGAUGUGAUAGCCAAGGGACUGAUUCUUACAGAGAUGAACCUGAGUCUGGUGGUGUCCAUAUUGCUCGCAAGUCUUACUCUCUCUCUUGGAGCAGACGAUUCGAAUGAAAAGUUCAUACUGAAGAAAAACUUAGAUAACACAUAUCUUCUGGUGCCAGCGCCUGCUAACGCAAGUAAAGAAACGACUGUAGAUAUAAAGAGCUUACCUCCAAUAGCAGUUGAAGGGAAUACGCCAAGAGACGCCCCUGGGAUAAACUCACAGUCGGUCCCCAUAGCCCCCUCUCCCGGGAAACAGGCGCCUCCACCAGCAUCUGGCGUGAAGGUAAGUCCUUAGAUUCUGGUUUUCAGUUUGAUGUAUGUGCAUCAAAAUCAAUCACCUUAGUAUGUGUUGUGAAGUUUUUAUUUUUGUUACUAUUUCUAUUUUAGCCCGUUGUACCUGUUUCUCCACCAGUUUCGCCUAAAUGUCCAGGGAGCCCCCAAUGCAAGGUCAAAAUUUCACAGGUUAGCAGUAGUAUAAUAUGUCAUCCCCGCCUUUGCCCCCAAAGGCUAUUUUACACAAGAGAGAAUAAGCGACAUUCUCUCUUGGUAACCGUAUGUCCUGAAUAUCGGUAUUCGUGAUAUGUAUAUUUAAUUUGCCCUAGCCAGCUAAGUCAGACCUCUGCUGAGAAUGGUUAUCAUGAUAAUUGCAGAGCGCAGUGGGAGGUGCAGACAGUCACCCAUUGUCCUGGGUGGGGAGGAUCAAAAUCUUGGUACCAUGGACACAUUUAGCAUAGGACCUGUAGCGGCAGUCUAAAUUUUCAGCCGGUCAAAAAUUCGUCGGGUGACGUUUGAACUUAGCCUUAAUCUCCUUAUAAAUCUUUCUGCUCAUUCCUCCAACAUUUUAUAUUUGUUGAGAAGAGAGUUUUUUUUUCCAUUUCUGCAGAAUACACUAACACUAGCACUGAAGGGAAAAGAUGGAACGAGCGGAUUCCCUGGAACAAAGGUGCACUGAACAACCAAAUUUUCUUUAAUUUAUCCACGAGGUUGUCUUGGGUGGACUGAAUGGUUAUGAAACCCGCUAGUUUAUUCCGUUGUUAUAUGUUUUUGUUCACCUGGCGGUGUACAACGUUCAUAAGCAUUGCUAACAUUUAAUCGUAUUGAACAAUAAAAACGUCGCAUUAUCCCAUCACAAUUUGCCGACAAAAAACAAAGGAUCUUGAACCAUGAGGGAGCUUCCAAAAUAAACUGUUGCACUGUUGUUUUUAUAUUUGAUGUUUGUCGCCUUUCAUUACCAGUCUCCUCUAAUAACUAUUGCCAACUUGAUUACGUUUUUUAUUCUUAGGGUCUCCCAGGCCCUCCCGGCCUUCCAGGACCACAGGGACCUAAGGUAAGUAAGGGGCCGUAGUCUGAAAUGUCAUCCGUCUCUUCACCCCACUCCCCAACGGGUGGUAAAACGAGAGGCCUUUCCGCCCGUUUAGGGCGGGGGGGGGGGGGGGGGGGGGGGGGGGGGGGGGGGGGGGGGCCAUUCCCGGGCAAAAGGAGAGAGAGAAAAAAUAAAAAAAAAAAAGAAAUAUUAAGCAAAAGGCACGAGAAAAAAAAGGAAAAAAUUUUUGAGCGAGAAGGAGAAAAAAAUUUGAAGGGAGAAUCCCCGGGCCCCCCGGCCCUCACGGGCAACAGGGGCCAAGGGGGUGAGGGGGGGGGGGGUUGAAAACGCCCCCCCUCCCUCCCCCCCCCCCCCCGAGGGGGGGGAAAAGGGGGGGGCUUUCCCCCGGGUUGGGGGGGGGGGGGGGGGGGGGAGGCGUGGGGCGAGGAGACGGAUGACAUUCCAGCAGCAUAGGAAUGAGAGAUAUAAUUAAGAAAAAAACGAGAUUCUAAGCCAAUGGCAUGACGCAAAAUAGGAGCAAAUUCUUGAGCGAGUAAGUGUAAUAUAUUUGACGAUGGAACACCAUGUACAAGAUUGCUUCUUUGCUGCAAGAUUCAGUAAGAACCGAAAUUAUUUUUGAACGUCUUUUUUCAUAUGCAUGGGUUUUCCGAAUGUAAUUGAGUAAGUAACGAAGAAAUACAAUCAGGCCAAUCAGAACUCAACUGUUUUUUAGUCGGAUAAGUUCCAGACCUGUCCGAACUAAUCGACACCAACCCUGACUAGUUCGUGUGUCGUGGUCGCUUUGCCAUAGUAAGGGAAUGAGAGCACCACAAGUCAUGGCUAUUUAGUCCUGGGUUUUUUCCUAGCGAAACCAACACAAGGUAGGUUAUUUCCAUCUUCGGAGACCUAGGGCGCGAGAAAAGAGAAAAGCAUGGAAAUUCUCGUUGCGCGGGCCUUUUCUCCCGACCGAACUGACUGCCUCUGGGUACCCGAGGAUGGUUAUUUUCCUGCCCAUUGGUUUUGGCGAUGAGUUUUGACGGGAGAAGCAUGUUACAGACGAAAUGGAAGAGAUUUGGAGCAUCAGAUCCAGAAUAUUAAAGAAAAUGUUUGCAAUGCUUCCAACUUUGGAGACGCUUUUUGUGAGCUGUGUCAGCCAUUUGUUGUUCAAAUUGCAAGAAAUGUAUUUAACUUUGGCCUUUUACCGUCAAACCGACAGACUUUUCCACAGGAAAAUUCCAUGAUCAAAAAAACAUACAUCCCACGGCUCGCCGACGUAGCCUUCUGACAUAACUGUCUCGGCCUGCAAUGCGAGCGAUUCGGCAGGGGUGUUUUUGUUGUUGUUGUACAAGGUUUGUUUUCUUGCUACAGUAUUCUAUGAAAAUGUAAAGGCAGUAACCACAUGCAGUCAAACUGCCUUUUUUUUAAAUUCUGAUAAGUUUGAAUGGUUGUUUGAUUUCUUUUCCUCAUCCAGGGCCCAAACGGAAAUCCAGGUCAAUGCGCACCAUCUCCGGUACCUUGAAAUACUUCAUAUUUUUUAUAAAUACAGUAUUAAGUUAAUUUAGUCAGAAACCCAUAACCCCGGAGCGAGAACGUUCCAUGCACUCGUGUCGGCGGGUCCACGGACCAGUAUAUUUAAAGAUCGGUUUAACCACGAAUUCGGACCUUUCCUCGACACGACCGGUAUACCUUUCGCUUUAUAAUUACUACGUCAUUGCCUUCAUUCAUUAUGUCGUAGUUGCCAAGUCCCUCAUUUUCCGGGCGCCCUAUGCGUUUUAGGCCACAUGGUCCGAGGGGCCGUUCGUCUCGGAUACAUAUCGGAAAUGCAUUGACCAAUAAGGCGUGGGAAGAUGCCAUACAGGCACCGGACACCAGUGACGAAUGAGGAACCCUUCACAUCAACCUCGUUGUAAUGGUCUUCCUCAUCUCCCCCAAUUUCUGAGGGAGUAGCCCUGCCGAACAAGGUUGUCAUUACAUCUUGGUCCUCCCUGGCCAGGUCUGGGUUGCAGCUUGUCACACUUUCAAUCUCUUGAAAAGAUGUAAACAAUCAGAGCAAAGUAAGACAUUCCAGCAGUAGCACGCGUUAAGCAACGUUUUGAGCUAAAAACGCUUAGGAACAAUGAGCUUUUUUUAAGGAAAACAAAUUUCGCCAAAAAAGAAAUCUAAAAAUACAUUGAGAGUCUUACGUGCAUGGACGGAAGCCUCUCGAUCGGCAAUGUGCUCCUGGCAUGGGAAGUACGCCCAGGACUGUAUCGCUGAAAAAUCACAUUUCCGUCUUUGAAACUUGGCAAAUUUUAGGUGAACACCCUUCUCUAUUUCUCUGUUGUCUUUUCAGUUUCAGUGUUCUCCUGGAGUAAUUGCGACACUUCAAGCAAAAAUACUGGAACUGGAAAAAACUUGCAAGGUGGAGUGCAGCUAAGUCUUUGUGGAAUAUGAUAAAAAGUAAACAAAAACUACGGUCUACUCAUUUAAGCUCCAUGGAGUGUAAUGCAGUUAUAGAAGAGAAGUUCACCUUGGUAUCUCACUGGCAUUAGAAAGUUCUUCAGUCAAUUUGCGUGCAUUUUAAUUGCUCAAUAGAAGUUCGAUGCUCUAACCUCUUAUUUCGUUAUUUGCUGUCUAUACUGAAUAAGUUAUGUCUAUAGAAUUGUAAUUCUUUUUUUCUAGUAUUCUACCCACGCUUCAACAAAAUAAGUAAUUAAUGAAGUAUUUGGUAUUUUCGGGCGAUAAGAGGAGCCCGCAAUCCCAAUCUUCAGGUUGUUAUUACGCAUGCGUCGCAUCUAUGUAGCCAUUCGUUUGGAUUUCCUCUAAGAAUGAAUGGAAUGCAUAUAACGCAAUUUGAUGACGCGCGUUUGAAUCUUCUAUCACUCGUAAUCUGAUCACGAAUGUUUUGACUAUCUGUCACGUGAAACUUAGGCAAAGCACAGCGCUGGAGCAAAAGCGUUUUGACCUUCGAUCGUUGUCGCCCGCACUCCGUAACCUUUGGUUAUUACUAGUUUAAAUAAAUGGGACUGACAGCUAUUCCCAGUGCUCGCUCGCGUAACACUGUCCUUAAUUCAGGCGUGUGUGUGCGUUUCUCCCUCGGGAGUGGCUUUCUGUCUAUAAAUAAAGAAGUGUGCAAGCAAAUUUGUCCAGUUUGGCUGCAAGGGCGGGAGGAUUGGACUCAUGCGCCGUCGAAACCCGUUUGUGGGGGUGGGGUUGGUCUACAUCCGUUUUCAUUUGUGGUUUGUUUGUUUGACCCCCCCCCGCCUCCCAUUUUUUCUCUUAUUUUGGUCUAGUCCUAUCGCCUUCUCGCCUGCAGACACGCAUGUCCCGUACCUCAUCCAUUGAGUCUCCAGGUCUUUGUUGAGCGAGAGUCCACUGGGAAUAGAUUACUAUUUCGAAUUCAAACCAACGUACUUUCGUAGAAUAGAACAACUCCAGUUAUUUAUCUUCAAAGGCCCUGAAGCCUUAUAGCUUGUGUCGCUGAAAUUUUGCAAUAUUUUUUAACAUAUACACUUUCCACCUGCAGAAUAUGAACGCAGUACAACCCCCCAUACCCAACUGCAGUGUAGGGAGAUGGUAGGUUAAACACAAGCAGAGCUUGGUGCGCUAUGAUUCUUUUUCACCAUUUGCACAUCUUCCUUCAUGUACCUUUAUUGGGACGUCAAAGGCUGUAAUACCACAAAAAUGAAAAACAACAGCUAUGCAACAUUUUUUUUUUGGGGGGGGGGGGGGGGGGGAAAAAGAGGUUUUUGGGGGGGGCGGGAAAAGGGGGAAGGGGGGGUUUUGGAAAAAAAAAAAAAUUUUUGGGAAAUAAUUUUUUCAUCCCCCCCCACGAAAUUCUUUAAAAGCUCACCCAAAAACGCACUUUGGAUUUUUUUUAUAAGUCUUUUUCUAAUAAAGAGCAUAAAAAGAUACGCUAGGGGAGGUGGGGGGGAUUGAGGUAUAAACAAAUGGGUGGGUUUGGUGGUUUUUUUUUUUUUUCUCCUUUUUACCAUCUUUUUUUUUUUUUAUAGUUUGGAAGGAUAACAAAAAAAAAAAAAAAAAAAAAAAAAAAAAAAGAUUUUUUUUUUUUUUGUUUGGGGGGGGGGGGGGGGGAAAGCAAGGUGUAUAUGGGAGACGUGCAAAUGGCGAAUUGGAGGAUUUGGUACAAAAGAUACAUAUCUUGGACAAGAAUUUGUUACGCAUCCCCACGUCAAUCUUGUAAACGAUCGUCACAAGACGCAUUCUGAGCUUAAUUUAUUGUAGCUUCCUCAUGAAGAGCGUCUAACGAAAGCAACAACAACAACAACGACAGAAAAUAGCUCAAACAGACCCUUGACACGCCUUAUACACGUUUUAUAUCUACUCUAUAUAGGAUUUAUAGAUAGCUAGCUAGGAUUUAUAGAUAGCUAGAACUUCCAAAAAAGGAAUCAGCGCUGGUCACAUUUUUGAGUUAUGCGAGACUCAUUCCAUUCAGUGCUUCGUUGGCAUUCAGGUGGGGAGGGGCGACACCUAUUCUGAGAUGAUACAUGUCUCAAGUCAAUACCGUACAUCAAAGAAAAAUACCACAGUACAUCUGGGGUUAUCUCGUUUGUUGUAGUAAAGAAAACCCGGCGGCUAGCUGUCAGGAGAUAUACACAAAGGAUGCUAGGGCUGUAAGUGGGGCCUACUGGAUAAAGGGGAAGGUCCGACCAUUUCAGGUGAGUAUUCGUCUAACGGGACAAACUAUUUUGCUGAAAUUGUAAUUUCCAUUGCCAAGCUUUCUGUGACUAUAACUGAUUAGUGUACCACCCUAGCUGGAGGCUAUCUGCUUGGUGAGAGACCUAGAAGUGAUUGAGACCCCCAUGGCACAACUAAUAAAUAUGCCGUACCACAAGAAAUGUCUGAACAAAUAGGAAGAGGACUAGCCUGAAAAAAAGCCGACAUUUCGCGAUUGACGUUUGGGAGACGAGCGCAGAAAUUACACACUGAUGGCGCGUCACUACCCAGAUCUAGGUAGUGCUUCUGAUUGGUUGAAGCAAAUUUUCAGCCAAUCAGAAGCAUUACCACCAAGAUCUUGGUAGUGACGCGUCAUCAGCAUAGAAUUUCUGCGCUUGUUUAUCAGACGUCAUUUCUUUUUGGAAAUCGGGAAAUGUCGACUUUCUUCUCACGGUAGAAGAGGACAGACUAAAAAUAAUUGUUGCUGAAAAUAUCUGAUUGUCGUUCCUGUUCCUUGAUACGGAUGUAAAAAAAUUGGUGCAAUUCCACAAUUGGUUUAGAUCGGUUCCAUCAAAUGAAUUUCAUGCAGAUGAUAGGACUGGGACAUUUUUAGCCAGAUAAAACGUUUAUUCUUAACGAAAUUGUCACCUUCAAAACCGACGCAGAAUAAAUCACAGAUCUCUUGGUUUUAUAGGUGACUCGAAAGGUAACAGCCACUGACUUUUUAUCGAUUGUCACUUACGGCCUUUGGUAUUCCCAAAGGCCUAACUAAUACUAACCAAAGUAAUUUUACUAAUGUUUAGUGCAUGAGGUAUUGAAGUGUAGCUUGUUGGAUCGAGGCGCGUUUAUAACUGUUAAGCGCCAACUUUUCAUAAUUGUGAGACAGUCACUUCAAGGGAAGCCUGUAUUUUAUUGCAGACACAUUGCGAAAUCGAACCAAUGGUUGCUCGUGGAUGGACGUUGGUGGCUCGGGUGCCGGGAAGUUCAAAUGAGUUUUCCCCAGUCAGCAAUACUUGGGCAAGCGAUAGCGUCAUCAACAACGAAACUGCGCCUGACACCAACACCCAAAAGGCCAUGAAAAAUAUUGGCUGGGCAGACUUGCGCAGCAAUAUACUUCGGGUGUGUUAUGAUGGCCCAAAUACACACUGCGCCACUUUCACCCACAACCGUAACAUGCCCCUCUCGGAACUAUUCAAUAACCAGUUUGGGGUUCCUGUCGACGAGAGAUACACAAUGGACUCUCUUAUGAAGGCAUUCGGAAAGUCCUGCGAUAUAUCACGCAUGACUAGGCAGUGGUGCGGCCUGAACACGGCCAGUGUUUGCCACCCGCAGGAUAUCAAUCCGAAUCUAAAUCCAACCAAUCACAUUGCACGGAUUGGUUGCCUCGGUGAUCUUUUGAGGACUUGUGGACCAAAUGACUAUGCGAUUGGUAUUGGCGUGACGAGCUGUUACGACGGUUACGGAUGUGAGAAAGUUGGGCCAAUGACACCGAACCUGCAUUACGCAUGUGUGCCAAGUUAUGGUGCAUUUAACCAGACAGCGUUCUUGUACGUCCUUUAAUUCUCCAGGCUAGACAAGCGGCGUUUCGUCGGCGUUUCGUGUUUGCCCAGUUAUUGCUGACAAGUUGGGAAAUCUCGGAACUUUAUGUAGCAAAUACUAUCUUCUUCAAAAAGGUUGACUUUAGCACGACCUUAGUAGUAUAUUGGGUCACGUCAUGACAAGUAAUGACCGCUGUUCAUUUAAUUGCAGACGCAUUGUGAAAUGAUAAGACAGGAACCGCGCGGCGACAUACUCGAUCCCGAUAGGCCGGCCACGGCGCUGGGCGGCUGGACCCUAGUUGCCCGAGCGAAUGGCGGGAAAGACGAAUUUUCACCAGUCAGUGAAAACUGGGCAAACGACAAAACGUUCAACGAUGUUACUUCGCCAGAUAUAACGCAGAAGACGUCAAUGAAAAAUGAAGGCUGGUCGUUAAUACCCGGCAACAAAAUAAUGGUUUGCUUGACAGGACCGACCACAAGUUGCGCUCCUUUCACCCACAAUAAAAACAUGCCCCUGACAAAUUUGUUUAAAACGCAAUUUGGCGUUGUUCCUGCAGAGCAAUACACCUUCGCGACUUUGCUGAAGGCGUUUGGCAAGAGCUGCGAUUUAUCUGUUCUACGGCAGGGUUGGUGCGGGCUAAACUUAGCUAACACCUGCAACCCGCAAAGGGAUAACCCCAAUGCAGUACCUGUAAAGACCACCCACAUAGCUCGGAUAGGCUGUAUUGGGGACCAGCAAGCGACUUGUUUCCCCGAUGAUUUUGCGUUUGGAGUUGGCGUCAGUUCUUGUAAAGACGGUUAUGGCUGUACGGCGGUCGGAAAAUCUAAAAAUCUUCAUUAUCGGUGUAAUUAUGUGCAUGGUACAUUGAUGGACACUGCUUAUUUUUAUGUCCAGUGACAGACCCGUUUUUAACUCACAGAGAAACUUUUUAUUAGUUCUUAGUUGAAGCAAUGUAAAGCUGGUGAUUGGACGCUGAACUUAGAAAGUAAAUGGAUCAAUAUUGCUCAGAAACAAUGCAUCCGCAAACAUAGUCUAAGAGUAUUUAACCCGCCGCCGUCCUCAGCGAAAUCAUGUAAAUUGAUCAAAUUUAAGUAUCGAGGGUGAACGCACGACGAUUAACUUCUCAUAACUUACAACGUAGUUCAAAAAGCGUCCUAUCUUAGUUUCCUCCCUUAGAUUUGUAAUAUUAUACAGAAUUUCC